CUCCACCGCCACCAUCGUUCAUCAUGGCGUCGUCUCUCAGAAGGCAGGUGGACGCCUUGCGGCAUGCCUCCUCCGGCACCUCGUCCGGGUACAUCCAGAGGAAGAAGGGCAAGCCGUCCCUGCUACUCACGCCUGAUCAGGCGGCCGAAGUGGACCUGUCGUCCGUUAGGGAGACUGCCGUGAUGGGGCUUCAGCGAUUGGAGGCCGUGGACCAAGACUUUUCCCCUUUCCAGGACACUCUGUUCAGCAAGGAAGCGGAGGGUACGCUGCGCGACCUGCAGACCAAGGAGUCGAAUGAGCGCAUCGACAAGAGCAUCUCGGCGUUCCUGGCCCUGCUGUCCCCUCACUUCUCCUGCCGAGAGGCGCAUUUCUGCCUCGAGUACCUGAUCCGGCACUACAAGGUCUACCAGUACAACGUCGACGCCGUCGUGGAGUGCUGCCUGCCGUGGCACGACACCGUGGCCUUUGCGCGGAUGGUUCAGCUGCUCAGCCUCAAGGGGUCGAGAUGGGAGUUCCUGACUCCCGUUCAGAAGACCGGAUCUCCGCUACCCCGGGAAGCCAUUGCCCGGAGAUGUGCACGAGACUUCGGCCUCCUCCGUUUCCUCUGCGUGUCGGCGCGCCGGUCUGCAGCCCGUGCCGCGUCCUGUUCGGUGUCGGCGGCGCAAUCAGCGUCGACGUCGUCUGUCAGCGCGGCCACGGCAGCCGGCAGGGCGAAGCUUUUCUCGUUUUACGCGGCGACCGUGGUUGAGGCUUUGGCGUCCCUGGGCACGACCUCCGAUCCUUUGCUCCGAGCGUUGGUGCCCACUGUUGUGCACGGGCUGUCUGCUACCAAGUCCCCCGAGUAUCAGGUGGGUGGUGGCGGCGCGGCCGAGGCAAUAGAUGUUUUUAUUUUCUUGCAAGUGUCCGGCUCACAGCUAUGCGAGCGUGCCGUCUACGUGCAGCACCUCCCUGACCGAGAUAGCCGGCACGGAGAGUCCCUGACGAGGCUCUGCACCUACCCGUACUGGCCUCCGCACUCGCUUCCACGUCUCAUUAGGAGACUUGUGGACCGCGUCAUCAGGUCGUUCUUGGCCUUGACUCUGGAAGGCGCCGAACAUGAGGCCGCCAUGGAAGAAGACGACGCACCGCAAAAGAGCCGCCGAUCUGCCGCGAUGAAGACCGAGAGCCAGGCCGUGUUGCGGGUACUCAGCCAGCGUUACCCCGAUGAUGUGGAUGCCGCCGUGGCGAAGAUCAGCCGUAGCGUUGCUAAGGCCAAGGUGGCUACGGCCAAAGCGGCUGUGCAAGAAGAUGACCAGGGAACCGAUGCCGUUGGGACCGUGACGGCCAAGCGUGAGGCUCAUUUGAAGGAGGAGGCGUUGUCGUCUCUGUUGGUCUCAACGUUCGCCGGUGCACAGCUUGCUCCGCAUUUGCCGCUGCAGCAACAGGAGCAGGAUGUAGCAACUGUGGGCGAGGAAGGCCGUGAAGAUGAUGCUGUUCAUGGGUCACUAAUUGUGGCUCUUGAGCACUCGUCCGCCACUGUGCGAGCCCGAGCCGUCGAACAAUUGUCUCGCGCAUUGUCGAGCUCGGUGGCGAGUGAUGGGGCGCCGGCCGGAGAAUCAGCAUCAACGUCCGCCGGGGCUGUCGAAGACCUAUCGCCGGUCCUUCUCAGGCGGCUGCAUGACGAGGACCCCGACGUCGUCCUCGCUAUCACCGAAAGCGAUACCCUUGUUCAACAAGUUCUUCUCCGUCCUCGUUCUUCUUCUCCCAUGGCGGACGAUUCCACUGGUAUCGAUGGUGUCGGCGGCGCGGACGAUUCGGAUGGAGUUGAUCGAGCCGUCGUGGUUGCGUCGGCCGCGAUGACUGCCGCGGGUCCGUGGUUGUCGGCUAUCUCGGAGGCGAGGCCGAAGCGCCCCGUAGCUUCGGCAGGUAGGGUGUUGUGCGGCCUCGUCCGCCUCGCGGCCGCUGCGUAUUCUGCGUGUGAAAGAGUGUCUGCGGGGGUCGAACAGGCCAGGGAUUCCGCGAUGUCGCUGCUGCUGGAGUGUCUGCCGGGCCCGCACGCGACCGCCCGCGUGAAGUCGGCGCAGCGACAGGCGGUGUGUGCAGAUGGUCGCGGGGACCUUGCUACCGAGGAGGGUGCGACGGACCCGGCCGCCGCCACAGCCACCGGAAAAGCUUGCAAAAAGGCCUCGAGAGCGGUCGGUCGCGCGGCGAUAAAGGCCGUCAGCAGGUUGGGUGUUGGCGUGAAGGGCGAGGCCUUGGCCGGUCUCUUCGCCGUUGUCAAGAAGGUUUUGGAGAAGCCCGACAACGAAGGAAGCGGCAAGGGUUCGGCCGCCAAAAACCCCGGCAAGGACAAGGACAAGAGGAAAAAGUCGGGUGACGAGGUCGACCUUGAGGCGGAAGGGGUCAAGUCUAAGGGCCUUAAGGUAAUGGGGGAGGAGGUUUGCGAUGCUCUGGCGGCCGCCAUUGUGGGUCCAGGCGAUCUGGACAGCAAAAACCGUCAGUUGCAGGCCCUUCGAGAGACCUGUGGUGCCGGUGGUCGCUGGCUCAUUCUGGAGUGCACCUACCGCGCGCUGAACCUCGCGUCUGCCAGCUCUAGCAGUGGCAGCAACGCCAAGGCUCGAGUGGCGGCUACAGCAGCAGCGUCCAGCCUCUCCUCGCUGCUGGCCUCUCUGGCGACGUCCGAGCUUGGCCUCCGCCCUCACCUCCUUACUGCCGGUCCGGACGGAGAUGAUGCCAAGCGCGUGGGCGCGGUCGGCGCCGCGGACCUCUUGCGGUACCUCCGAGCCUGCGCCGAGCACCUGCCCCGUCCGGAGCGAUCGUCGUCACUCUUUGCCGAGGACCACGUGGCGGCGUCAGCGGCCACUGCGUGCGUGGGCGGGAAUGGUGCGACGUCCGUUGGCGGGGAUGGUGUUGCAGUUACUUCGGCCCCGCUUCUCGGCGACGUGCUGGUGUCGGUUCUGACGGCAACAGCCGAGGGUGGCAGGAAAGGUGGGGCCACCGCGGUGUGGGAGGCCGUGAGCUCCGUAGUGCUGAACGGGUACGAGCGGCGGCCACUGCCCGCCCUCGCCGCCGUUGCGAUAGACGGCGUUACCGUGGCCGCAAGACGGGGUCGUGGAGUUGCAGGGCGACAGCAGCCGAGACGUGGCGGAGGGGUUGACGAAGCGAAGGUGUUCGCCGCCGCCCGUGCGCUCUGCGUCGCCGCGACGUUCGUGAUAGCUGCGGCGAAGGCGGUGGCUGGUGGGGACACGGUCGAGGACAAGGAGUCGUCGAAGGCGGCGGAGAGAGACAUCGUGGCCGUCUUCCCCGCCGCGGUGCUUGCUAUCGCGUCGCAUGAUGAGAGUAAGUGCGAAAAUGUAAACAUUGCUUCAGGGUUGCCAGCGACCAUGUUCCAAAGUGACAAUGCGAUGCAAAUUUCCCGUCGUGGUUUUGCCUCAUGUUUUCUUCGUGGCGAAAAAAAAAAGGGCCUUCGAGAUAGCGGCCUUUUGUUCAUCACCACCGUGUCUGCACACGGCCAUGCUCUCAGCGCUGAGUCGGCCAGAAGCAGCAGUGGUGCGUCUUCAAGAGGGGCCAAGAAAAGCAAGCCCACCCCCUCCCCCGGUCCGGAGGUCAAAGAUUCCGAGUUCUUGCCAUUGGGUCAGGUGGGGCAUGGUGCGGCCCAGCCGUCACCUCUUAACGCGCCCUCGUUGUGUAGCCUCGUUGAGCUUGCGUCGGCGCUUGCCGGGAAGAGCCGCGAGUCCGCGCUCGAUGCCGGGGAGCUGACCCGACAUCUUGCCACCGUUUUGGGAGAAGCUGCCGGUGGUGGCUGGCAGGAAGAUGUCUUGCGGUACCUUGUGGCAUGGGCAGCCAGGCUCGGGUGGAGAGAUCCUACCGCCUCUAUGUUCCUGCUGGAGUGUUUUGUGUGGGCGAAGACACCAAUGAGGGAGUGCUGCUUGCCGCUUCUGCGCUGCCUCUUAGACUCGGAGCAGGCCCGAAACCACCCGAACAAUGAACAUCUCCUGAAGAUCCUCCUUACAGUCACGCUCAACCCUUCCGUCGGCGACGCAGCUGUGGUGGCGGUGGCAGCGAGUGAUCGGGAAGGGAGCAGCAGAAAUACCAAGAGUCCCAAUAAAACGCGCGGGAGCAAGGGCAAGUCCGAGGACAAGGCAAGCGCCGCCGAAGAUUCUCCGGCAUCCGCAUCGUCGACCAUAUUCCCCAGCGUCGAUGCGGAACAGCUAAUGCAUAGGGCGCUGAGGACUCCCGGGCCCGCGCAAAGUCAUGCCCUGCACUGCCUGUGUGCAACCUCUGUUUCGAGCGUUGGCGCCGGGGCCCAACCAGUCGGGGGAGACGAAUCCACCCGCCAGAGGCGUGAUCUGGUUGUUGUCCUCGUGGAGGCCGGUCUCGCCGGUGCCGACGGGAGUCUAGUGGCUGCGGCGGCGCGGGCUUUGCCCUGCCUGCCGGGCGAUAUCGCGGCUCUUCUUGCUGGCUUGUCACCUCUCUCAGGUGCCGGUGCUGGAGCUGCGACCCCUUCCAAGCAACACAAAAAGAAACAAUCAGCAACGAUCAAGGCCGAUGCCGCAACCACCGAGACGGGCUGGGUGUUUACCCUCGGAGGACUGGUCGAGCUAGCCCAGGCCCUCUGCGGCGCUUCGUCGUCUUCGUCUUCGGUGCCGCACCAACAGCAACAAUCACAAUCACAAUCAGUAUCCCAUCCAACCAAGGGUGCAGCUACCGCCGGGGGGACGACCAGCGCUGAAGGCUGGGGCUGGGCAGGCCCUCUGGCGAUCGCGCGCCCGCUUUUCGAUGUCUUGCUCUCGCUACUCGCCGUCGUGACCAAGGGAGCGGCAGAGGAAGAAGGGUCGUCCUCUACAGCAGUAUCGAGGGGCGACGUUGUCGAUGCCGCUGAGUACGGGCUCUGGUUAACGAUGGACGUUUUGGGGAGCGUGCUGCGGCGGUGGGGCAAGGGCGGCGUCGGCGGCGGUGGCGGCAGCGCGGCCGCGGAGAAGCUGUACGACGGGUGCCGCGCCGGGGAAGAUGCAGAGACGGUGUUGACUUGCGUCAGCGAGAACCCUAGUCCACAGACCAGAAAUAGCGCUCUGGCUCUCCUGUCGAGAAUGGCCACGCUCUUCCCGGCUCAGAUGACAUCAAGACUCCGCUCCCUCUUGGACGCUGUGUGUGCUGGCGCCGCGGGUGGCAAGGGCCUGUCGAGUGGAGAAGGUGGUGGUGGUGCCCGCGCUGCGCUGCGGCAAACUCAGAAGGCGGUGCAGAGUGUAGUGCCUGCGCUGAAGGCGCACGGCUUCGAGGCCGGCGUUGGUGCCCACUUUGUCGUUCAGGUGUUCGUGGAAGCGCUCGAUGACGCCCCCGCCCAUGCGCGGCGAGCUCUCUUUUCGACGCUCGUCGACUCCCUCGGAGAGGAGUCGCUUCCCAUCAUGUCGGCCCUGUUGCUGCGGAGAGCGGUCUCGUUCGAUGGCCCGGAUGCUGAUGGCAAGUCGGCGGACGGGGAGACGACGUCGGCUCUGAUUGAGUUCGUCCACCAGACCAUCCACCGCUUUAGAGCACCCGGACAAGUGAAAACGCUGGUAGGCCUGGUCCAAGCCUGCCACAGGCUGUCCGUGAGAGCCGCAGAACGUUCCGGGAGCAUCUCCGGACAGGCUCUCGACGAAGCCGUGGAGUGCUUCGUCGAAGAUUCCGCCGCCGACGAGAAAGGGGGAGAUCAAUUUAAGACGGACUAUCUGCAGCUUCCUCUGGCACAGCAGGAACCAGCACGAGAUAAGAAGGCUUCGAGCCCCGCCUUCAUGACUAUGGACCUCCGAGCCUUGUGCGAGGAAGACAGCAAACAUGAUGCCGAGAAGGAGGAAGGAAUGACGGGAAUAUUCCUGGAAUUGGUGCUGUCGUUCGUGCGGGAACACUUGGUGUCGAGGCCCCUGGUGAUGGCGGUCGCUGCGGCGGCCGAGCGCGGAGCCGAUGGGAAAGGCUUGAGCGAGGACGAAGGGAUUCAGGAAGGGUUUCUCCUCCUGUGCGAGGAGCUGUUGCUGUUUCUCCGAACUCUGUCGGUCUGCGGUCGGGCUUCUUCAACCGGUAGUGGAGACGAGCCUGCGUGGUCAUCUCUUCAGAGCCUAGUCUAUGCUGUGUUUGAGACACUGCAGUCUCUGCUGUCGGUCCCGUCUUUCGUUGCAGUCACGCAGGAGCUCCUUCAGCACCAGGACCCCCACCUGAGGCGGAAAGCCCUGCGGAUGUUCACACGUCGCCUAGAUCCGGCCGAAGGGGGGGGGAACAGGGGCGCCCCGCGGCUGUCCCCGGGUGAAGAGCGCCUGUUCGUGGAAAUGGUGCCCUCCUUGAGGCUAGUGGCCAUGGGCAAGAGGUCUGUCGGCGGGCCAGGAGAAGACGAUGGUGACAUAGGAGGAAGAAUCGAAGAGGUCAUGGGGCCGUCUUCUCACCCGGAAGGAGGAGGAGGACCCGAUGCUAUGGACCAAGAUAGUGACCUAGACGGCAUUAAGGAGACCGCCGUCAACCGUCAGACGGCGCUGCUGAGCCUGGACGUGCUUGCCCGCGUGCUUGGAAGGCGGCACCAAGGAGCGUUUGAGGGCGUCCUCGGUGACGCGACUGAGAUCGUGGCUGGGGUGGGGCCUGGCGCUCUGCCUGGCUCCGAUGGGAUCCUUCCUCUUCGCGCGAGCGCCUUUCUUCUGGUGGCUACACUAUGCGCCGUCCUGGGCGUCCGGGCCUUCCCCCGCCUGCCGCGUUUCUUCCCCGCGAUGCUCGAAGCCCUCGAGUUUCAGAGGCCCUCAACAGCGGCCGUCACGGAGGACGCUGCGGGCGUCGGAGGUCGCGGUGGGGGAAGAAGCCUUCUCUGGACGAGUGCCCUGUCGGCGGUGGCCACCGUCGCCGCUGGUCUACCGUCCUUCCUGAGCCCGUACCUCGGGAGAAUCUUGGCUGUCGCCUUGCGGGCUGCCUCGGCUGGUGCUGGUGCAAGUCACGGUACUUCUGCCGCGGGUAGUAAGCUGGCUGCAGACCGAGUGCUGUCGCUGCUCGCGACGGGGGUCGAGGCGAGGUUGUUAGUUCCGGUGGUGUGCGGGGCUUACGCCGGCUGCGUGGAGAACGUCAAGGCGGGGGAGGAGGAGGGAGUGGGAGCCGCGGGGAGGUCGAUAGCUCGGCUCUUGGCCUACGUCCAAGAGAUCGUGGCGGGGCUGGAGAAAGAGGCAGCGUCCGCGGCUCUACCACAGUUCACGCGCUUGUUGACCCAAGCGCUCGACUUCCGAAGACGGCACGCGUGUGGAUCGACUCCCCAAGUUCGGGAAAGCGCCGCACUAGUUGAAACCGAGGCGUCCUCGGCCCUGGUUGGCCUGGUGAUGAGGCUGAGCGAGGUGGAGCUGAGGCCACUGUUUUUGCACCUUUGCCAGUGGAAGGCCGGUGUUUCAUCGGGAGAAGGCGACCUCAAGGCAACUCUGGGGGCGCUGGACCGACGGCUUUCGUUCUACCGAGUACUCGAUGGCCUUGCCGGGGCGUUGAAGAGUAUUUUCACGCCGUAUUUUUCACAUGUCCUCACGGACUGUUGCGACGAUAUGGAAGCUGCCAGCCUCCUGACGAGUGUCGCAGCCAGCGGCUCUCCUGCUGCGAAGAAGCGAAAGCGCGCUAGGGAGGAAGCCUCCAGCAAGAGAAAGCGCCGCAAGACUCUGUCCUCAGGCGAUGCAUCAGAUUCGGACGAACAGAGUGGCGAAGGCGACGGAGAGGAAGAGGAUACUCCAGAGCUACGGUGGCGACGGUCGGCCGCGUCGCGCCUCGUUCUCUCGGCCCUCCGUCGCUGCUUCCAGUCGGACCGAUCGGGCUUCGUCAACAAGGCCCGCUUCGAGCUGGUGCUGCCUGCCGUGGUGGCCCAGCUGGAAUGCGGCUCUGAUUUCUCCGCUGCCGCCACGGGAAGAGGGACGGAGGACGAAGUGUCGUCCUGUCGGCUUCACGCGGAAGAGUUGGUGGGGCCAUGUUUGGCUCAGUUAGCGUCGGCGUCAGGCAAGGACGCGCUGUGGAAGGCCCUGGCGAACGCCGUGCUGAUGAAAACGAGGUCGAGGAGGGCGGGCGUGAGGGUGGCGGCGUUGGUGUCGUUGCGGCAGUGCUUCGAGGUGGUCGGGGAGGAGUUUCUGGCCCUGCUGCCGGAGUGCUUGCCAUUCCUGAGUGAGCUACUGGAGGACGGUCAUCCGGAAGUGGAGAGCGAGUGCCGCGCUUUGGUGAAGUACAUCGAAGGAGUCUUGGGGGAAUCCGUCGAGAGCUACCUGGUUUAGAUCUACGUAUCUCUGGUGCUAUCCGUUCGAUGACCAGUAUCCAAUACAACGAUCCAGCACAAGAUAGCACGUGGAGGAUUGACUUGGCUUGUGAGAGACGAGUAAAGCAAGCACGUCAGCGCUGGAUCGGUGUGUUGUUUGUUCCGGAAAUAUUCGAUGUACCACCAUGUGUGACUUUUCUAGAUAUCAUGAGGUCUUGUGUCGCGAAGUCUGUAUAUAUGCAAAUGUCCUACUUGUGGUGGUGUCGAUCUGUACGUGUACAUAUACCCGUUGGAGGUUUGUUGGAAGCGGGUCAAAUGUUGAUGUUGGUGAGGAAUCCGACAUACACCCAAUGAUCAGCGAUGUCUGUUGUGCUUAGGAAAGAGCGUUGGACUAAACCUGGUAGAUGUUGGAUAUUAUAAUAUCCAUUGUCCCCGGCUCGUGCAGAAAAAGACACGCUCUGGAAGCUGCGCCACCAACUGCUAAUCAGAUUGUAAAUGCGACGGCGUACGCAUGCUUGGUGAACCUGGCAUAUUUCACUGGUGAGCCAGGCAACCCGGUCGAAGCCUAUCGAAGAAGCACGACUAGAAGAUGCUCGGCUGUUGUCGAGCACCGUGUGCCCCUCGGAGUCUUGGUUCGCUACUGGAGGCAUAAUUGUUGAUGCGAGAUGACGUUGAAGUACAAGAUUUUAGUACACCGGUUUCAUGGGCUUUUGAUUUGAACCUUGAAUCUUCAGUGCGUUGGACCCCGUCGAGGCACGUGUGAGGAUGUGUGAUAUGCUGCAAGUAGUGGCCUUCGGUUUUGCACGACUAAGCAACGAGUGAGCCGUAUCGGUACGGCUGACACCAGUCUGCCUCA